GGAAGCGGCGGAGGGGGGCGGGGGCCGGUCCCAGAAGAUGGCGGAGGCGGGGGAUUUCUGGUAGGUCCUGUUUUAGGACGGAGAUGCAGUACUCUUGAAACGCCAGUCAGCUUUGGUCCAUACAAUUAGCUUUUUCAGCUGGGAAACCAUUUCUUCUUCCUCUUUUUUUGUUUUUUUGGCCGACUUACUGAACUUAUGAAACCAUGGCAGAAGGAGAGACAGAGUCACCUGGGCCCAAAAAGCGUGGUCCAUAUAUCUCAUCUGUCACUAGCCGGAGUGUGAACUUGAUGAUUCGAGGAGUAGUGCUGUUUUUUAUUGGAGUAUUUCUUGCAUUAGUGUUAAAUUUACUUCAGAUUCAGAGAAAUGUGACGCUCUUUCCACCCGAUGUGAUCGCAAGCAUCUUCUCUUCAGCGUGGUGGGUUCCGCCGUGCUGUGGCACAGCGUCAGCUGUGAUUGGGUUAUUAUACCCCUGCAUUGACAGGCAUCUAGGAGAACCACAUAAGUUUAAAAGAGAGUGGUCCAGUGUGAUGCGGUGCGUGGCCGUCUUUGUUGGCAUAAAUCACGCCAGCGCUAAAGUGGAUUUUGAUAACAACAUACAGUUGUCUCUCACACUGGCUGCACUAUCCAUUGGAUUGUGGUGGACUUUUGAUAGAUCUAGAAGUGGUUUUGGCCUUGGAGUAGGAAUUGCUUUCUUGGCAACUCUGGUCACUCAACUGCUAGUCUAUAAUGGUGUUUAUCAAUAUACAUCUCCAGAUUUUCUCUAUGUUCGUUCUUGGUUACCAUGUAUAUUUUUUGCUGGAGGCAUAACAAUGGGAAACAUUGGUCGACAACUGGCAAUGAAUGUGAGAAGGCAGUGGCAUCCCACUCCAGUACUCUUGCCUGGGAAAUCCGAUGGACGGAGGAGCCUGUAUGAAUGUAAAGUUAUUGCAGAAAAAUCUCAUCAAGAAUGAAGAAGGCAGAAAUAUAUCUUUUGUACAGAAAAGCAAGAUGAAAAAGGCAUGCAAAUGAUAGAUAGACCAACAAAACUUCGGACUAUAAAAUUGCCAGGAUGCAGUUUUUCCCUUGAUUGGUGUGUAUAUAUACACAUACACACACACACACACAUACACAUAUAUAUACACACAUACAUAUGUUACUGCAAUCUGUGAUUGCUUCAUCUAUAAAUCAAGUACAAGCCUUUAUGUAUUUGACUUAAAUAACUGUAAAAUAUAUGUACGCUACAUUAAAAACAUGUUGAUUAAUAGAUGACAUUUUUAAAUUAAUUUUUUAGGUAUACCAUAUAUCGUACCACAGUGUUGAUGUGCCAAAAUAAUUCUGUUACCGUCAUGCAGACUAUAAGAGUGCUUUGAACAAUUUAUAAAGUUGAUGAAAUAAAAUAUGAGGAAAGCCAAAAAAAAAAAAAGGCAAAUGGAAAGCUGGUAUAUUCUCUUUCACUUACUGUUGUGCCUUUUUAUUUUCUAAUUACAGCAGUGUGAGUUAUGGGUGCCUAAUGUGUGGUUAGUUUCUAUUUUAAUGUCAUCUCAAAGAGCUUUGGGUGUUUAAAUAUAUAAUGAAAGAGAACUUCCUUGGAAUAUUUGCAAACCUGAAUUACUGGAGAGAGUUCAAAGUAAUUUUUUGUUUUUACCGAUUUUACUGGAGGUAAAAAGUGACAAGUGGGAGAAUAUAUCAGCAUUAAACUGUUUUGAGUCUAAAUCUAGAAAUUAAAAGUAGGGACCAUUGAAAAAUUUAACUGGAAUAAAUAUGCUUUAGAAAUACAAAAUGACCUUCUGCAGUGCCACAGUGUUAAGUGAUAUUAACUGUCAAUUACAAUGUAGUAUUCCACUACUUUUGUACAUGGAAUGUAUAAGAAAUCCCAAACAGGUCCAAAUGAAAUUUCUAAUUCUCUUGGGUUCUAUAAUCUAUUGGAUUCUAUAAAGUAAACCAUUUGAACUGGGCUGCAUCAUAUGAUUUAUUGUCAGCGGAUUGCCAUCUGGGGAGUGGAUGGGCACAUAAUGUCCUAUGUAUUCAUGUACUCAUUAGUGAAUACUUCAGGAAUGUAUUAUUUAAGACUAAAUUGGGAUGGCAUACUGUGCACGUUAAAGAUCCCGAUAUUAGUUUCAUGCAUAUCUUUCCAACAGCUGGAGCCUUUGAAGUAUGAUUUAAACAUACUCUUAGUUAACUUUUUUCCCCAAUUUUUAUUUUUUUUGAAAUAGAUGGCAUUUAUCUGAUACACAAGGGCAAAAUCUUCUGCUUACUCUGGAAGUGUGUAUGUUUUUGUCUGUAUGUGUCUGUUUGUGUUGGCUCUGUGUUGGAUUGAAUGAGGGAGAGAAUGUGUGUGUGUGUGUGUGUGUGUGUGUGUGCGUGUGUGUGUGUGUGUGUGUGUGCGCGCGCGCAUAUGCUCCUGCUCUUGUAAUGUCAACUAGAUGUUUUUUCAUUUUUGAUUUUAAAACCAUCGCUAUCAGACUGAGAUCUUAUAUGCCAAACUUUAAUCUGCUCUUAUGUUUUAAGGCUGAAAGUAUGAAAAUCCUAAGAUUGCAUAUUGAAUAUAUGCACACAAUCUUAACUGUAGUGGUGGUAAACAUGCUACUUUAAUUUAUUAUUCUAUCUUCCAGAUAAUGUUAUUCAUUUAGAACAAAUAAGGUAUAUUUUUAGAAUCAACUUUGUAAGCACUAUAAAUCUUUAAUAAGUUAUAAGGUCUAUGAUGUGUUUACUUUGGAAAUUGCUGUUUAAAGCAAGAUGUAUUAAAUAUAUAAUUAUCAUCUUGGUUAAGAGUCUUUUUCUUCUUUGUGGUUAAUCUUAGAAUUUUAUUACUGAGGAUUAAUUUAAUAAAAUUUAACAUGCAUGGUUGAAUUUAUUAAGAAAAAUGAAGGAAACUAGUAUUAGUUUAGUAUUACAGGAACUGAAUGAUUAUUACUUUAAGUUCUUGAAUUAUUUUCCUAUCACCUAGAAAACAAGAAAAGGUAUUUCUGACAAAAAUAAAAUUGUUUUGAUAUUUUGAUAAGUAUAUUAUAUUUUUUUCUUGGCAGUGGAAGAAGAUGGUAAAUGUAUUUUAAUACGGGUGUAUUGGCAGUGCUUCCUGGCAUUUAUUAUUUAAGGUUUCAAAUGUUGACUAGUUGAAAACUGAAACUUAAAUUCUAUGAAAGCGCAAAUAAUUAAAAGUAACCAGCAAGAACCCUGGUCAUACUUUUGUUAUAA